AAGAGACUCUUACGCAGCUGCUCAGCAACCACGUGCCAUCUCUUUUGUUACAAGGCAAGUAACUAACCAUAGCCUUAUUUUCUGUUUCUCUCAUUGUUUUUUAAAAUCAGAUUUGAUUCCAAUUCCGAUAAAUUUUGAAUUUGUAACGAAGUACAACGGAAUACACAUUACAUAGUAACUGCUAGCUCCUACUUUGACAUCCCUGUUUCCACUUUUAAGUUAGGUCUUACUACAUUGCUGAAUAUGUCAAUGUUAAUGGUGUUAUCUAUAGGUUGGAUCAACACCAUACAUAUUCAAUCAAAGGUAAGUAAUUUUAUAUUAUUGUUUUAAUCCAUGUAAUGACCCAGUCACCCAGACUUUUUGAUACAUUGACUAUGAAUGGUGUUGUAAUCUCUGAUUCUAAUAAUGGGGGCCUCUUCAGUAUCAUUGGUAACUCAAAGUCUUGUUCCUUUUUAACGUGAAGUCCUAAUGAGUUAUCAUUUUUGAAAUUCUGGAACAUUAUGAAAAUUUAAAAAGAGUAGACUGAUUUCAGUGAGAAAUCUCCUUUAACGGAGUAUUUUGCAGCCGUGCAAGCUAGACUGCGUCAUGAAGUCUUAGUAUAGGCAGCCAUAUUAAUUGAUACCCAUUAUAUCAGAAGUAUUUUUCUGUGAUUAUAUUGAUGACUGUUGUAUUCGAAGCAUCUUUCUGCGAUUAUAUUGGUGAAUAUUGCACGGACUCGCGAGUCUUUCUGUUACUGAUUAAUAGUUAGAGAUCAUAUUUAACGUGAAACUCCAGUGAGUUAUCGUUUUCGAAAUCCUGGAACGUUAUCAAUUUUUAUUUUUUAGAAAUAAUAGCCCGAAUUCAGUAAGAAAUCUCCUUAAUACAGGCAGACUUAUUAUAUGCAUAUCCAUUACAUAGUUGUUACAUAUAUAAGAGGUUUUGUGAUUAUAUUGAUGAGUGUUGCAAAGGAGUACACGCACUGGGAUAAUGCAAGACCACAGAGUCACAGACCAUCCUUAGAGGUUUUGCUUCACAUCACCAGUUAAUAACUUAUUUCCUUACAGUUAAUGUGUGCUUGCACAUCACUAUAGUUGUUAAAAUUGAUUCCUUUAGGUUGACUUCGUAUUUAGACAUAAACUAACUGAAACUGUGAGCGUGUUUUCUAGGUGUUAACACAUGCAUUAGGAAUUUCUGAAAUGCCUUACUGUUUGCGUAUUUGUUGAAGCCUGCUGCAGCCAUAAAAGACAGGUACUCCCGUUGAGGUUUUAUAUUUGCAAUGUUCCACAUACUUCCACUUCACAAGUAACAGAAUACACCUAGAUUGCACUUUAUUGCACUGAAUAUAAGAUUUGAAGUAUAAGCAACCACACGUCUGCCAAUUAAACCGUUCUAUAUAGAUUAUUAUAUGCAGAUUAGACGAGCAUCAAGAAAUAGUAAACUUACAAAAAUAAUGUCCACAGGGUUUUAAGUGAACCAUGUUGAUGUUGGUCAUUGAUUUUGAAAGAAAUCUGUUUUGCCAUGAUUACAUAAGUGUCAAUUCCUAAACGGCGUUUGAGAUGAUCGAUUAGGAAUCAAUUUGGCUCCAGCUAACCUCUUUUACUUCAGUUAAAUCCUUUUCAUUUAGAUUUUUAUCAGGGAGAUGACAAAAUAACUUGAUGAGUAUUAUGUUGCUUCAGCAAUGACAACAUCGUGCAAAUGAGGACAUAAUCGUCAUUUGCCACGUGAGAUGUUUGAUCUCUUCCACUUUUAUGCUGGUUCUUUAGGCUGUUAUAUAGCAAUAACUGAUAGUUUCCUGAAUUCAUUUCCUUCCUUCCGUUGCAUUGGGCGGAUUUGACCAUUUGUUUACUUGUGACAUACCAAGUUCAACAGUUACACUUCUUAACCCUUAUUGUUGAUCAUUACUAAUUCUGCAGUUUAACACUGUUUCAAUACUUUACUAUACACUGAUUUUGGUGUUCAUCUAUUUCCAACUCUAGGUAUCCUUUCUCUUCUACAAAUGGUACAUUCAAAAAACAUUCAGGACAACAAAUUAUGCACAACCAAAAAAUAAGCACUACCCGGUAGUUUAGUUUCUUCUACACUAUGGGGGAUCAAAAGCAGAGACUUAAUAAACUAUACCAUGCUUAUAACAAUUCAAACUGGGCCAUUAGACCUGCAACUCCGUCAGCAGUUGGAAAUGCUAGCAGUUGACUCUCAAAAUGGAAAGAACUUCAGACAAUCUUUUUUGAUAGCUGGUUUCGAUCUCCAUCUUUGAUCGUAGUAAUGGCGAAAGAGCAAACAAUGAUGAUUGAUCCAAAAAGUGGUUUCUGUUCAGAAACAAAAAUUUACCAUAGCUUACUUCCUCCAGCUCCUCUUCCUCCAUCAACCACAUCUAUGUCAAUUUCAGACUAUGUAUUAUCUCUUCUACACCAACACUAUACUAGUAGUACUUCAGACUUUUAUCCUGAAAGAGUCACUGCAUUUAUCGAGUCUGAAACAGGUGAUCGACUUUCAUAUUCUGAGUUUCUCAGAAAAAUUGAAUCUUUAACUCAUUCUAUGAAAUCGGUUAUUGGUUUGUCCAAGGGAGAUACAGCUUUUAUUCUGUCACCUGCAACUCCACAGAUUCCAGUACUGUAUCUAUCUCUUCUCUCUAUAGGAGUCAUUGUUUCUCCUUCCAAUCCCAUCAGUACUGCUACUGAAAUUUCUCACCAAAUAAACCUAUGCAAACCAGCAAUUGCAUUUGGCACUUCAGAAACUACUCACAAACUUCCUUCUGUUCUUCGUUUCCCAACAAUCAUGCUCGACUCGCAGGAUUUCCACUCCUUGAUGCAUUGUUCAUCAAUUAGGCAGAAUCAGAUGGACUCAGAGGAGGAGAAGAUUAGUCAAUCAGAUACAGCAGCAAUCCUAUAUUCAUCGGGAACAACAGGCCGGGUCAAGGGCGUAACAUUGUCACACCGAAACUUGAUAGCAUCUGUAGGGGAGGUUUACGCAUAUAAACAGAUGUUAAAGAUAUCUACAAGAGCUGUAAACUACUCUACAGUGCCUCUAUUUCACAUCUAUGGGUUUACUGCAAUUCUUGAAUCGGUCACAAUGGCUGAUACCUUUGUGAUUCCGAUGAAGAGGUUCGAUUUUUGCGGAAUGUUGAAGGCAAUAGAGAAAUUUAAGGUGACGGUUUUGGCUGCGGCGCCACCCGUGAUUUUGGCUAUGACAAAAUGUCAAUCAGCAACUGCAAGUGGAGGAAUAUUGGAUGGUUAUGAUCUGAGCUCCGUGGAAGGUAUCAGAUGCGGUGGAUCUCCGUUGCGCACGGAGGUUAUUGUGAAAUUCGGAAAACAGUGCCAUAAGGCAGCUGAUGCUUGGGACUGUCGUCAACUUGGCUCAACUGGGAAGCUGGUAGCAAAUAUGCAAGUGAAGAUUGUUGAUCCUGCUACGGGUGUUGCUUUACCUCCUUGCAAGCAAGGGGAGCUUUGGGCUAAAGGGCCGUCAAUAAUGAAAGGAUAUCUUGGUGAAGGGGCACAAGGAAUCCCACCAGCAAUAGAUUCAGAAGGAUGGCUGAAGACGGGCGAUCUAUGUUAUGUCGACAAUGAGGGUUUUCUUUAUGUUGUAGAUAGAUUAAAAGAAUUAAUCAAGUACAAGGGAUACCAGGUUCCUCCAGCAGAAUUAGAAGAAUUGCUUCUUUCACAUCCAGAUAUCCUUGACGCAGCUGUGAUUCCGUAUCCAGAUGAAGAAGCAGGUGAAGUGCCAAUGGCAUUUGUUGUGAGAAAACCUCAAGCUUCAAUUGAAAAAACUCAGGUCAUAGAUUUCAUUUCCAAACAGGUGGCACCAUAUAAGAAAAUCAGGAGAGUGGAAUUCAUUGAUUCCAUACCAAAGAAUGCUCCCGGCAAGAUUCUGAGAAAAGAGUUGAAAACGCGUGCACUGUCUAAGAUGCUUGCCACUACUUCAAAGUUAUAAUGCACGUCUUGGAAAGGCUGUAGAUGUUUACUGUUUUUGAAUAAAAUAGCAAGUGAUAUUUGAAUUCAGAUCUCAACAAUAAUAAAUAAUGUUACGAGUCCA